CAGAAGGAGCGGAGAUCCGCAACAGAUAAACACACCGCCUCGGCAUCUCGCUGCACGGGAGGGGAGCGGGGGAAGCCACCCGCAGACGGGGAGAGAGGCGGCUGCUGCCCAAAGCCCUUUUUUAAUACAGCCGUUUGUUGUUGUUUUUUAUUUGAGGAGCGUAGGAGAGCGCAAAGGAAUACGCAUCCAGGUGCACCUUGAAGUACAAAAGGCAGUGACCUCAUUUCUGUGUUCUGAGAAGAAGCAGGGGUUGCCACGGAGACAGCAGCAGUAAAAACAGAGAGGAAGGAGGCCCCCCGUGGACCCGGCUUCCUCAUUCCUCUCCCCACCUUCACACUGCCACAGCUGGAAUGGGUGGGAGACUCAGGUCCCUGUCAGAGAAAAGCAUAUGAACUGCAGAUGGCAAUGGACAUCAAGGGCCAGUUUUGGGCAGAGGAUGAAUCUGACGGAGACAAUGACUCGGAGGAGUUCCUGUACGGGAUCCAGGGAAGCUGUGCAGCUGACCUGUACAGGCACCCGCAGUUGGAUGCUGACAUCGAGGCGGUGAAGGACAUCUACACCGACAGCGCAGUCUCUGUCAGGGAAUAUGGAACGAUUGACGAUGUCGACAUCGACCUGCAAAUCAACAUCAGUUUCUUGGAUGAGGAGGUUGCGACUGCCUGGAAGGUGAUCCGCACAGAGCCCAUUGUGCUUCGGCUGCGCUUCUCCCUCUCCCAGUACCUGGAUGGACCGGAGCCGUCGGUGGAAGUGUUCCAGCCGUCCAAUAAAGAGGGGUUCAGCCUGGGACUGCAACUGAAAAAAAUCCUCAGCAUGUUUACAUCGCAGCAGUGGAAACACCUGAGCAAUGAAUUCUUGAAGGCCCAGCAGGAGAAGAGGCACAGCUGGUUCAAGGCGGGGGGCACCAUCAAGAAGUUCCGAGCCGGACUCAGCAUCUUCUCCCCGAUACCCAAGCCCUCGCUCAGAUCGCCCAGCUUCCCCCUGAUCCAGGACCCGGGUCUGAAGGGCAAGCUGGCCGUGCCGGAGCUGCGGGUCACCCGGCUCAUGAACCGCUCCAUCUCCUGCACCGUGAAGAACCCCAAGGGGGAGCUCUUCAGCUACCCCCCCAACAGCCAGACCGUAGCGGUGCCGGCAGCCAGGGCCCCAGCGCAGAUUACCACCAAGCAGCUGAUUCAAUUGUUUUUCUCAUCCCAGGCGGGAGGCCACUGCAAGAAUAUUCCUACCUUGGAGUAUGGCUUCUUAGUGCAGAUAAUGAAAUAUUCUGAGCAGCGGAUCCCCACGCUGAAUGAAUACUGCGUGGUGUGCGACGAGCAGCACGUCUUUCAGAACGGCUCCAUGCUAAAGCCGGCAGUGUGUACCCGGGAGCUGUGUGUGUUUUCCUUCUACACGCUGGGAGUGAUGUCAGGAGCUGCCGAGGAAGUGGCCACGGGAGCAGAGGUGGUGGAUCUACUGGUUGCCAUGUGCAGAGCAGCUCUGGAAUCCCCCCGCAAGAGCAUCAUCUUUGAACCCUACCCUUCUGUCGUUGACCCCAAUGACCCCAAGACCCUGGCCUUCAACCCCAAGAAGAAGAACUACGAGAGGCUUCAGAAAGCGUUGGACAGUGUCAUGUCCAUCCGGGAGAUGACACAGGGGUCAUAUCUGGAGAUAAAGAAACAGAUGGACAAGCUGGAUCCUCUAGCACACCCUCUGCUGCAGUGGAUAAUUUCCAGCAACAGGUCUCACAUCGUCAAGCUCCCGCUGAGCAGGCAACUGAAGUUCAUGCACACGUCCCACCAGUUCCUCCUGCUCAGCAGCCCCCCGGCCAAGGAAGCCCGCUUCCGCACGGCCAAGAAGCUCUACGGCAGCACCUUUGCCUUCCAUGGGUCCCACAUAGAGAACUGGCACUCCAUUCUGAGAAAUGGACUAGUCAAUGCCUCUUAUACCAAACUGCAGCUGCACGGGGCAGCGUACGGGAAGGGCAUCUAUCUCAGCCCCAUCUCCAGCAUUUCCUUCGGAUAUUCAGGGAUGGGGAAGGGUCAACACCGCAUGCCUACCAAAGACGAGCUGGUUCAGCGCUACAACCGCAUGAACACCAUUCCACAGAGCCGUCCAAUACAGUCCAGGUUUCUCCAGAGUCGGAAUUUAAACUGCAUUGCUCUUUGUGAAGUAAUAACAUCUAAGGACCUGCAGAAGCACGGGAACAUUUGGGUGUGCCCUGUGUCUGAUCACGUCUGUACACGGUUCUUCUUUGUGUAUGAGGACGGCCAGGUAGGAGACGCCAACAUCAACACCCAAGAGCCCAAGAUCCAGAAGGAGAUCAUGCGUGUCAUCGGGACCCAGAUUUACUCCAGUUGAGAUUAUUCGAUGAGGUGAUGCUCGUUUUGUCCACCAGGGGGCACCGGGAGCACGUGCGUGGCCUGUGCCCGUCGGGCCAUCCCAGCCGCACGGAACCGUAGAAGAAACGGCUCGACUUUCGUUGGCUUGAGGGGAGAGCAAGCAGAGCUUUCUGUCUGUUUCCUUUCACUCUCCUCUUUUAUUUUGCCCCUUCUAUUUUUCAUCAGUUCUUUGACAGCCCCUAAUAGACGUUUUUUUUUUACCAUCUGCCUUUCGGAAAGGCCUCGGGUGAAUGAUUGAUAAUGGACUUCCCCUCAGAGGUUGACAGGUAGAAAUAUCUCCUGUGGAAGCCGUCUGUUUAGGGAGGGUUUUAAUGAGACUUUUAAAUAGGAUACGUGAAACCCCAUGGUCUGCUCGCAUUCGCCUCCCAUUGCGGGGGAAGAACGGAUAGCAUUAAGCUUGAAGCAGUCUGUACACGGGUCCCUACACCUGUUCACCUGAGCCGACCAAUCGAAUCUCCGAGAUUCUGCCCACUGCACUCCCGUUCCCCCCAAGCAUCUGUGCCAUUUUAUUCAACGUUUAAUCUUUCUUUCGGCAGUGGCUGGUAAAACUGUCAUUUCAUUCGUCAUUUCAAACGGUGGACGUCUGAAACUCGCUAUAUUAGAAAAUAAUUCAGAAUGAUUCCGAAUGCUUGUAAGAGCCUGCUGUUACUGGCCUGAGGAUAAUGGGGUGAACACGCCUUUGUUUGUCAUUUCAUUACUUUUUUAUGAGGAAGUGUUUUGGCGACCUUUGGUUCGUUUCAUAUUCCUCCGAGUCAUUUAAUGUGAACGCGAAACUGAGAAGCGAUCAGCCGUAUCCUAAGUACCGCUUCGCAGUUAUUUUCCCUAAAUUAAAGCUGAUUUCCCUUUCCUGCUUGAAUAAGCACAGAGCUCCUUGAAUACAGAAUCGGAACUCGCUCGUUCUGCGUAUAGCAUAAUCGCAUCCCUUGAAGUGGCUCAUCACACGUGACAUGAAGAUAAAACUUAUUUUGACUGCACAAUAACAAAGCGAGGUUAUUUUUGAGUGGAGCCAGUUCACAAUGGCUAACCCGGGAGAAACAACGCCACGGUAAAACGUGUAUACUUCCAUCGUUUCGUUAUUCAUACCCCAAUGAUCUUUCUGCAUGGUUUUGGCCACAUUUUACAUACCCUAUCAACCUGGGCUCCAGUCUCAGACGAUUUUCUUUGUCUAUCGAGGAAAUGAAAUAAAUGGAUAAACUAGAAACUUCUUUGCUGGAUAUCCCAACCAAUUAGCAUUCAAGUAGUUUGAAGGAUUCCCAUCCAAUCAGCCCUGGGUUUCUCCACCGGUACCUGUGUAUUAUGCAGAUCCAGCAGAUAUUUUCUUAAGUGAGGGACCACGGGGCUUGUUCUUGGCAUCUCUGAUUGAAAGCUCAUUCCUAACAGAACGCUGGAUGCUACUGAAGUGCUUUAAUUUGAACCGGUUCUGUUUACUUCGGGGAAUGGCCGUCAUGUAUAAUUUGCCUAGUUAGUUAUGCUCUUAUGUAAUUGAUGGUUUGUAUUUACGUUUGCGUGUUUUCUAUACUUUCCAUUGCACUAUUGCAGAGUUUGCCACACUCAAAGAGACUUGUCUUAUGAAUGAUUAAAUGACGUCACAGCAGCCAUUUUUGAGGUUGCUUACGGUGACAGGUAUAACUUUAGAGAGAUGUUGAAAACAGUUUAAGAGGUUUUGGAUACCUUGAAGAAUGUUUAGUGGACUGUAAUGUAAGAAGUAAAACAGUGUAUUGCUGAGAACGCAGGGAAUUAAGUGAAACACUGACCCCCAAACAUAUCUUUGCCUCCAUAGUAUACCUCCUUCCUGUCCCAAUAGCUCACUCGGACCAUAAGUGUCCACUGCUUUCCCAAUGGUGAUACUGUACUUUACGAUUAAUUAUGUAUCUGUUAAACAGUGGUUUCCUGUCUUUUUUCCUGCCAGUCUUGUGCUUGAAUGAAGGGGUUUCAAAUGUAAUCCUGAAGGUUAAAGUUAAAAAAAAAAAAAAAAAAGAAUAAAAUAAAAUAAAAACAGAUUUUGCACAAUUUUACACAA